AGUCAACCAAGUAACACUGUCACCAAGUUUUUAUAAGUAAAAAGUAAAUAAAGUUGCUGUGAUCCGACCAGCGAUUUCUUGCAAUGAAAUGUCGCUCCGUUCAAGAGUUUUAGGCUUAGUGGAAGUAGUGUUAAGGGUGCCACCAUUAUUCGUAAUUGAUGAAAUACUUAAAUUUGGUAUAGGCCUCGAAGAGCUGACUGAACAUGAUCUGUCCAGUUUCCAAGAGAAAUUCGAGCAAUUCGAAGAAAAUAUUCGAAGCAAUGCGACGACGGUCCCUUAUAACCCAGUAUUCUAUAAGUUUUUUUUCGUGUCCUUGCUGAGGCUGCUGCUGAGUGCUGUAGGAUGUGCAGCUGCCCUAUGUCUCUUCAUUUUACACAUAAAACACCUGAUGGUGGCCUAUAUGUACAUAAUGUCCGUGGGAGUAGUUUUCGUGUCGUAUUGGAGCAACAUGAGCACAAUCAAAUCAGUUUCCAUCAUGUUGGAAGAGUUCCACAAUGGGUCAAGCAUCUUGGACAAUAUUCUCUCGUUGGACCUGGAAACCCUGACUAAAAACGGGGAGGUGACGUUCCAGGUUUUCCAAAACUAUGUACUGCAGUGUUUCCUGUCGUUUAUCUUCGUGAACAUCCAUCUGGGACCUCGAUAUUCCACUCUCCAGAAACUGUUACCUUUGGCAUUCCUUGCACCUUCCAUGAUGACGGUAUUGCCUGUGCCUUCGUGGCUUUUAAACCACAUGCCGGUGUUUUCGGCCCUCCUCCCUCUCGCACUGGUUAAGUUCGUCCUUUGGUCGUCCGUAGUACCCAUAAUACAAACCCUAUACAAAGGGUACAGCUACGCUAGGACUUUCGUUUCUAACUUCGGUAUGUCGGCUUUGGUGGAGACCGAAUGGACUAGACUGAACGUACCCGAAGUCCUGCGCACCUUUUGGCUGCUCCGAGUUUUGGAACACAUGGGUAUCUUCUUCGCUUCAGGGUACUGGGAGUUGGACGACGACGUCACCCCCUCCUUCCGAUUGUUGAAGUACCUUCUAGUCACAGGUUGUGAUACUCUGACUGCGGUUCUUGGGAUCACGAGCAUAGUCUCGUACGUGUGUAACUACAUAGGCAAGUUUUUCCAAUGGUUACUCCUCAGCGACGACGAGAACGACAAGAAUUUCGGCACGGUCUCGGCCAUCGUUUUCUACAUCCUCGCCUUACAAACCGGCCUGACCGGCUUGGAGCCCGAAAUUCGCUUCGUCCGACUUUGCAGAAAUUUCUGUUUGUUGUUCACAGCAAUUUUACAUUUCGUUCACAACGUGGUGAACCCUCUCCUAAUGAGUCUCAGUGCAUCGCACAAUCCGUCGCUGAGGCGGCAUCUACACGCUCUUCUAGUCUGUCUGGUCCUGGUGGUGCUUCCUCUCCUUCUCAUGUACUACCUGUGGUCCACGCAAGACACCUCCACGUGGCUUCUGGCCGUGUCCGCCUUCAGCAUAGAAGUCAUCGUGAAAGUUUUCGUUUCUCUGGCUAUCUACUCCCUCUUCCUUCUCGAUGCCCGAAGGGAGACCUUCUGGGAGAAGCUCGACGACUACAUCUACUACAUCCGGGCUUUCGGCAACACCGUCGAGUUCUGCUUUGGCAUCUUCCUGUUCUUCAACGGUGCCUGGAUUUUGUUGUUCGAGAGCGGCAGCGCCAUUAGGGCUGUCAUGAUGUGCAUCCACGCCUACUUUAACAUCUGGUGCGACGCCAAAGCCGGUUGGUCCGUUUUUAUGAAACGGAGGACCGCUGUUAAUAAGAUCGAGAGUCUGCCAGAGGCGGAGGAAGAGCAAUUAAGGCGUCUGGACGACGUCUGCGCCAUUUGCUACCAAGAAAUGCGCUCGGCGAAGAUCACCAGGUGCAAACACUUCUUCCACGGGGUGUGUCUGAGGAAGUGGCUGUACGUGCAGGACAGGUGUCCUCUGUGCCAUGAGAUCCUCCACGGGAUGGACUGCGAGGAGAGGAAGCAAAGCAAUCAGCCGAGGCCCACCGACCAGGAGGAGGAAAAUAAUUACGACAGGUGAUAAUUUUAGCGAUAUAAUAGGAUUUUUAAGUGUAUCGCGGAGAUUUGAGGAGUGUAUGUACUGAAUACGUUAAAUAUAGUAUUUUAAUAUUAUGAUGACUUUGACGAGUCCUAGUUAUUGGGUUUGGUCAGACGCUGAGAUUCGAUCCACAUUUAAGGAAGGUUGAGUUUUGGGGGUUUCGAAAGUCGCGUCAUGAUGGUUCCUGUGAUUUUUGAUGUGGGUUGCGUACCGGUGUCAUACUUAGAUUAUUGAACCCAUGUUUAUGACGAAAACCGAUCGAUUUCUUUUGAUUCUUUAUUGUUGAAAUGGUACUUAUGUAUAUUAUGUGCAAAAAUUUUUAUGUAUAUAUCUAUUGUACAGAGCAGAUAGGUGUUAUAAAGUCAACUUUCCUUAUCGAAUUCAAUUUUCUUUGUUAUUUUUUCUAUUAUUAAAUUUUAUAAAACACUUAAGUCACUGAGGCACUCCUGAGCUAUACUGUUAUAUAAUUUAUUAUAGAACAAUAAAAAUUAUUUUAAGUUA